AUGCGGCAGGCCGGCGGGCAGUCGCACACGCGUGAUUUCCUCUCCGCCGUGGAGGACGCUGAGAACCAGUUUGUGGUCCCCGGACCUUUGUCACCCGCCGGUGGCCCGCUCCCUCCCAGCGUGCCAGCCUCAGCCCCCGGCCUACAGCCCCUCCGCCCGCUGGGACCCCAGCUUGGCCACCGCUCCGGGAAAGCCCCCGGCCUGCGGCCCCUCGCUGGGCAGGGGGAGCAGCCCCCGGCCGGGGCAGCGGACCCCCGGGAUGAGCUGGACAACGACCUCUUCCUGGCCGCCUGCAUGGAGCUGGAGGGCCCUGAGCUGCCGGCGGGGGCCGGUGCUGCCCGGCCGCCCCCAGGCCGGUGGGAGAAGCCCCCACGGAUACGCACGGGGCAGGAGAGCCCCCAGGAAUGGGUGGCCCCCAAGAAGCUGCGGGUGGGAGAGGAGCUGGUCUCCGCCCCCCGGGGCCCAGCUCCCCGGCCUUUCCAAGCACCCCCGGGCCAGCCGGGAGCGAGCAGCUCCUCCAUGGGGCUGCAGGUGCCCCGGACCCCCCCAGUGCAGGCUCCCCAGCAGAGCUGCCCCCCGCCCCGGCUGCCCCCUGCCAGCCCACCGGCCUUGAUAAGCUGCGUGGAGCCCCUGCCGAGGCAGCCGCUCAGGCCAGCCCCGGGCAGCCUGCAGACACCGGUGGUCACCAACCACCUUGUGCAGCUGGUGACAGCGGCCAGCAAAGCACCCGGGGCUGCACCCCAUCUCCCACCUCAGAGGAAGACUCGCCGGUUCCCAGGGCCCGCUGGGAUCCUGCCCCAGCAGCACGCUGCGAAGCUCUUGGAGGAGAUCCUGGUUUCUGCUCCCCAGACUCCGGCUCACGGGGCUGUGGCGAAGCCACGGACAGAGGGACUGCCCAGCUCCUCUCCACCCACAGAAGAGGAUUUUGGGAAGGGCCCCUGGCUCGCCAUGAAGACAGAGCUCGGGCUGGACGAGAGGGACCCCGGCUGCUUCCUCAGGACCUACAGCGUGGUCAUGGUGCUGCGGAAGGCAGCCUUGAAGCAGCUCCCGAAGAACAAGGUCCCCAGCAUGGCGGUGAUGAUCAAGACCCUGACCAGGACCAACGUGGACGCUGGUGCCGUGUUCAGGGACCCGACUGGAGAGAUGCAGGGCACGGUACAUCGCCUGCUGCUGGAAGAGAGACAGAGCGAGCUCAGGCCCGGCUCGGUACUGCUCCUGAAGCAGGUCAGCGUCUUCUCCCCGUCCCACCGCAACCACUACCUCAACGUCACCCCCAACAACCUGCUCAAGAUCUACUCGCCGGAGCCCGAGGGCAGCUUCUCGCAGCCGUUGCCGGAACAGCGGGAGGUCCCUGCCCAGGCUGGGCUACUCCAGGACCACCCUGCGCAGCCCCCCCGGGGCCUCCCUGCCCCUGGGGACGGGGGACGGUGGAGGACGGGCAGCCACGGCACAGAGCAGUCUCCCGGGGGCUUCUCCCUGCACCUGCAGAGCCCUGGGCCUGGGCGAGAAGAGCCGGUGGGAGCUGACAGCUGUGACAUGGAUGACCUGGAUGGGCUCCUGGGAGAGCUGCCUGAGGAUUUCUUCUCCGCUCCGGCCCAGGCUGACUGCUGCUGA